AUGUCAACCCUCCGACACCUAUCCAUCCCUCUCCAUCCUAUCUCCAAGCCCCUCCGAGCAACAUUCCUCCGGCGGCGCUUUCUCUCGACUCAACAACCUCCCAAGCCCAAAGCACCCAUCAAAUCAGCCAUCAUCACCGGUGCCGCGCGUGGAAUAGGCCGCGCAACUGCCCACCGUCUCGCCGCCGACGGCUACGUUCUUACACUCAACGAUCUUUCCUCCUCCUCAUCGUCCGAUGACGCCCUAACAACCCUCUGUAACGACCUCCAAUCCCUCGGCCACUCCGCCCAUCCCUUCCACGCGGACAUCACCACCCCCACCUCUGUCUCCGCCCUUCUCUCCUCGCACUUAUCAGUAUACGGCUCUUUGUCGUGUAUGAUCGCAAACGCAGGCAUCGUCGCCGCCGCACCCCUUCUUUCCGUCAACCCCAACGACUUCCUCCACAUUCUCGAAACGAACGUAAUCGGCGUCUUCAACUGCUACCGCGCCGCAGCCGAGCAAUUCAUCAAGCAAGGCACAUCGGGAAAACUAAUCGGCGCGUCGAGCGUGGCUGGUCUGAGGGGGCAGCCGUUGUUGGGACCGUACGCCACAAGCAAGUUUGCUGUGAGAGGGUUGACGCAAAGUUUCGCGGCGGAGUUGGCGGGGGAAGGGAUCACAGCGAAUGCGUAUGCGCCAGGCGUGGUGGAGACGGGGAUGUGGGAUACGAUUGCGGAGGGGUUUGUGAGGGUUGAGGAGAUGAUGAGAAAGGCAGGAAAGGGGGAGAAGGAGAUGGAGGAUGUGGAAGCGGCGGAAGGGGAAGGAGCCAAGGCCCGGACAAUCAAAAAGUUUACGGACGCGUUGGUACCGUUGAAGAGGCACUCUACGCCAGAGGAUGUGGCGGGUUUGGUUGGAUUUUUGGCGAGCGAGGGGGCGGAUUAUAUUACUGGUCAGACUUAUGCUGUUGAUGGUGGGAUUUACUUUACAUGA